AUGAUAUAUAUUCUGGACUUCAGCAUCCGUGAAACAAUGAAUCAGCAAUAUUUUUUCUUCUCUAAACAAUCUCCGCUCUUCUCGCUUCCUCUUCUUCUAUUUUUCUAUUUUUUUCUGAUUUGUGCAUUAAAUAGUCAACUCUUUCACAUAAGCAUCACAGUAUUCUAGUCAAUAAUUUCUGGAAAUUUAAUCAGUAACAUUAUUAUUUAUCUUUUACCGUGUCAAUCAUAUUUCAAAGUCUUCCUUUUGCAGCCUUUUCUAUCAUUUUUACUUUUAUUUUAAUUUUUUUCAGUUCUGUAACACGACAUCUUCUUCGCUUUGAGGAACAGCUACCGAGGUCAGGUUGCCAAUUCUUGAUACUGAAGUGCUGAACUCGAGUUUAAAAUGACUUACUGGGUGGUGAAGAACUUGGUUUUGGAGUAGAUUGGUUGUGGAUUGAGACUGGUUUUUGGUAUUAGUACAUGGGUUCUAUUCAGAAUACUGUUCAUUACUGUUCUGUGUCGAGGGAUAACCGGGUUUUGUAUGCACAUGGUGGAGAUCAUGAGCUUGAGAAUCUGGCUGCGUUGUGUCUAGAAAGGACUCCAGCAUUCCACAAGUGGUAUUUUGAGACCAUAGGGAACAAGACUUAUGGAUUUUUAAUUGAAGAUGGGUAUGUUUAUUUCAUGAUUGUGGAUGAGGGAUUAGGAAAGCUGGGUGCACUCCAGUUUUUGGAGCACUUGAAAGAUGAGUUCAAGAAGGCGGCUAAAAAGGGUUCAAGAGGAAGCUUCUCAGGACUGAAUGCAAUUGGUGUGCAAGAACAACUAGUGCCUGUUAUCCGCAGAUUGAUAACUUCAUUGGAAAACGUUGCUCAAAGCAGGAAUGCUUGGAACAGUCCACCUCCCUUGUCGGAUCCUAUGGGUCUCUCCCCAUCACGUAGCAAUGAUAAUGGGCAAAUUGAAGUUGUUAGUUCGACAAAAGCCCCUUUAUUGGGAAAGUCUAGCAAGCAAGAAAAAAAGAAGGCUAAGGAUCAUAUAAUUGCUGUGAGAGAUGUUGAAUUGGAGGAGCACCGAAAAUCGACAGAUAGAGUCAAGGUGGAUUUGAGAACUCUGGAUUCUAAUAGCCAGACUGGGGCUGGUACUUCAAUCUCAUCGCAGAAGGAUAUGGGUUCAAUGAGGAUGAGAUCAAACUAUCAAAAUAUGAGAAAGAAGUGGUGGCGCCAAGUACGAAUUGUUCUCGCAAUUGAUGCAGCUGUUUGUCUUGUACUAUUUGUCAUUUGGUUGUCAAUUUGCAGAGGUAUUGGGUGCAUUCGUUCAUGAUUGCACAUUAAAGUUGUAAGUUUGCGGUUCAAUCACUCUAGAGACUGCAUCUCAUAGUCUAUAAAGCCAAGCUUCUGUGGAAAGGUAAUGAAUAGAAGUAACAUAUCUGUCUCGAUGACGGGUUAAAAUAUAUAUAAUUGUGGAGGUAUGUUGUUCUAUGCCUCCAGUGGCAUGAGAGAUUUAGGAAAUUAUCUGUGCAGUUCCAUAGUUUUUUAUGCAUAUUCUGGAGGUAUGUUGUUCCACACAAAUUUUAUAAGUUUAUUUAGCCUUGUUUGGGUGUUCAUAUCACAAGUAUAUGCUAUUACUGAUAAUUCAUGAAAUUUCUGUACUCUCAACAUCUUAAAUUUUUUCUUUUUUGUGCCUGUGUAAAAACUUAAUGUUUAUAUGAUGAAAGAGUCUAUGUAGAUUGUAUA